GCUUGUUUUGACGUUUCUCUAUUGACAUAAACAUAACCCCAAAAACUUUAAUUUUUACACAAUUUGUUAAUUUAAGCCUUUUGCGUUAUGGAAAAGUCGGUGGACGCCCUCACCGAGCACGAACUCUUCGUCCGCGACUUCCUCGCCCUCUACAAACAAAAACCCAUGCUCUGGCAGCAAAACCACCCCGCGUACCGCAACAAAGCUGAAAAAUCCAAAGCUUACGAAGCCCUUGUCCAAAAAUCGCAGGAGUACUACCCCGAAGCCGACGAAGACUUCGUCCGUAUGAAAAUCGAGUCAAUGCGCGCUUCGUUUCGCAAAGAACGCAAAAAAGUCCUGCGUUCCAAAGAGCUCUGUAACAACCCUGAAGACGUCCAUAAGCCCUCUCUGUGGUACUACGAUUUGUUGUUGUUCACGGCUGGCGAAGAGGCGGAGUCGAACCAUACCAGUUUGCCACAGAUUGAGGACUUUGAGGUUAAACCAGAGGACGGGAGCCCGGUGAAAAUAUCGUUCUGGAGCCGCGAGCACUCAGCCAUUUUGAUCAACUUCUACAAGAGCCACCCUUGCUUGUACUCUACCGCGCACCCCUUCUACCGGAACAAGAGGCGGCGGAACGACGCCGUGAGGAAGAUCACGGAUAAGCUGAUGGCCACUACGGGGAAGUACUUCCACGCGGAGGACGUCCGCAGGAAAAUAUCCUUGAUAAGGGGGCAGUUUCUGUACGAGUAUAAGAAAAUCAAAAACAGCGAGGGUAGAGGGAAAGUGUACACUCCAACCCUGUGGUGUUUCGAGAUGUUGAGUUUUCUCAAAGGGGAGUACACCAACCAAAAAAGACUUGUGAAGCGCAGACGGGCGAACACCACGUCUGACGAGUCAGACGACGACAUUGACAUUAAAAAAGAGUCGGACUCGUCUACGUCGUCAGACGUCCAACAACCCGACGACGAAGACGUUUUUGACACCAUAGCCAAAAACCUAGCCUACAAACUUAGGGAAAUGUCCGACGAACAACGAAACAUCGCCAAUAGACUCAUCCGAGACGUGAUGUACCACGGCCAAAUGGAACUCCUAACGCACGCUUCCCGAUUUAGCCUCGACGGUACUUAA